UUCUUUGCUUCUUCGCCACCUUUCUUCCUUAAUUGCUUCCAUUAAUUUCUUCUGCUAUUAAUUCACCCUAUAAUGGCUCUCUUCGUUCAGUCUCUCCUUUUGCUCCUUGUCUCUUUUCUUCUGCUGCAAACUCCAGCAUAUGCUGCAACAUGUAGCGACUGCUUCACUCAAUCACGAGCAGCUUACUACCCCAACUCCGACGAGAAGGGAACAGAAGAUGGGGCGUGCGGAUUUGGUUCAUUUGGUGCAACAAUCAACGGUGGCGAUGUUUCUGCUGCAUCUGAUCUAUACAGGGAUGGUGUGGGUUGUGGUGCCUGCUACCAGGUGAGAUGCACCAACGCUCAGUUUUGCUCAGACAAUGGAGUGACCGUAGUCAUCACCGACCAUGGCUCAAGCGAUCGCACUGACUUCAUACUGAGCAGACGUGCCUUCAGCAAGAUGGCUCAGACCACAGAUGCCGCUGCAUCUCUACUAUCUCUUGGCGUUGUUGGCAUCGAAUACCGAAGGGUUUCAUGCAGUUACCCAAACAAGAACAUCCAAUUCAAGAUUGAUGAGAGCAGCAACUACCCCAACUAUCUGGCUUUUGUUUUAUGGUUUCAGCAAGGCAAGAAGGAUGUAACUGCUGUACAACUAUGUGAGACUCAAAAUUUUGUAUGCAAGCUUCUGGAUCGGAGCCAUGGAGCAGUUUGGGACAGUGUGAUGCCCCCAAGCGGACCCCUGUCUAUAAGGAUGCUAUUGACCGACAGUGACACAGGAGAUGAGACCUGGCUGGUGCCUACCAAUGACAUACCCCAGGACUGGAAGGCCGGAGAUGUAUACGACUCUGGAGUGCAAAUAGAAUGAUCAUAACCCCCAAUAAUAACUCAACUUCUUCUCGCUAGCGCUCAUUCGUUGCAUUCAUAGCAGAGAAUAAGCUCGUCAUUAUUCAUAUUAUAUAUAACCACAAUAAAAAGAGUUCAUACGUUGUUCUUUUGGUUAAUAGGUUCUAUUUCAUCAUUAUUAUUAUUAUUAUUAUUUUUGUUUUGAGAUUGGAGAAUGGAGAAAGGAGAGGAGUAGUUCAUCAUUGAGUUAUUUGGUUUGUAUGGACAAUUUAGUUGAUCAAUAAAAAUGUAUGAUUCCUUUAUAA